AUGAUGGCAAGUCAGAAGUAUCGCCACCAUGGUAUGGAACCCAAAUUGAGAGACCCACGUGUUUUCGGUCGUCACUACCAACAACGAGCCAAGAAUGGGACAAGAAAACGGCACAUCGCAAAGACGGAAACGAGCACAAAGACGAUCGGAACACUAACUCUGUACGGAAUGGUUGACUGUGACCAAGUCAAUAAUGGGGAGGAGCUUAAGGACGCUGGACCGGGUCGUGGAGCUUAUGGAGACUUUCCUGAAGUGGCAAUCAAGCAGAAAACGGAUGACGAGACAAGUAGUCUCGUCAACACUGCAGUCAGAAACAAAAUGAUUGUGGACGACGAGAAAAUUUCGAUUCUGGCCGAAAACAGCAAAUUGAAGGAGAGAAAUAUAGACCUCGAAAUGGAAAACCGCAAGCUUGCUGAGGACUUCAAGAAUGGAGUUCAGUGUCUCCAAACUGAACUUAUGGACGCCAGUAAGAAAGAAGUGGAAGCCGCCAAACAACGUCAUAAAAUGUUUGACAAAUCACUUGGAAAGUAUAAAUAUUGUAUUGUUAAAUUUGUGAUCUCCGUGUCAGUACUCUACUACAUCGCAGUGCUCAUGAUUAAUCAGAAAUCUGACAAGCAAGUUAGUUGGAUGAUCAUUUUCGAUUACCUGCUCUGCAUCACACACAUUUUCAUCCUUGCAAGCAUCAGAUUUGAAAUGGAGAUGAUUCAACACUUCCAGCAAGAUUGGUACAUCUUCAUCGCCUGUGCUGUUGGACACUUGACCCACAAUUUCAUGCUCAUCGGUCUGUUUCUCGUAAAAAAUAAGUGCCAGGAGGAUACUAAGCCAUUCGAGGUUCUUCAACAGGCCGAUUCCGAUGACACAAACAAGGAAAAAAGCAAAGUGAAGAUUGCUCCAAUCGAACAUGUUUGA